AUGGCAUUCGGCACCGCAUUUAGCCUCGGCCUCGUCGCCCUGGUCGCCUUUCUAGCUGGUCCAAUCGGCCAUUUCAUCCGAAUCACAGGAAUCUUCCUAACUCCCAACCCGACAAUUCUGGCCGAAGGCCAAGUGCCACUUUACAUCGAAGACACAACUCACUGCGAGGAUUUACACCACUACCGUCCAGCCAACCUGCUAUUCACAGCCUGCGAAGAUGACCGGAACACGCGAUUCAAAUGGUUCCCUCCGCUGGGCAGUUUCGUCCCUGUAUCAGCACAAGGCUCGAUCCAUGUCAUUGAUCCCAGGACACUGAAAUCAACCCGCCUGUCAUUCGAAGACUUCAAAGGCCCAUUCAUAACACACGGAAUCGACGUCAUCGAAGAUCCAGAACGACCAGACGCUGUCUACAUCUUCGCUGUCAACCAUAUCCCGAACCCGGACUACACAGCCAGCGAGAAGCCUAAGGGUAUUAACAAGUCCAACUCGCAAAUCGAGCUCUUCCACCACGUCCUAGACUCCGGCUCUGCUCGCCAUAUCCGCUCUAUCAACCACCCGCUCAUCAAAACCCCUAACGAUAUCUACGCUGAAAGCCCGGUUUCGUUCUAUGUUACCAAUGACCACUUUUACCGUGAUGGACCCAUGCGUCUGGUCGAGGAUGUCUGGCGCAAAGCUACUUGGUCGGAUAUCAUCCAUGUCCAGAUUGCGGAUUUGAGCAAAGAUGGUCCUAUUGAUGUCUCGGUUGCAUUGACUGGUCUGUUCAAUAACAAUGGUCUAGGUCACGGCCGCACAGAGAAGGAAAUCGUCAUUUCUAGUGCUAUGGGUGGUGAGCUUUACUUAGGCACUUUGGAGGGUAAUAGGUCUAUCUCGGUUCAUACGACGGUUUCGUUUGAUACGCUUACGGAUAAUCCGAGUUACUAUGAGGAUCCGUAUGGCGCUGAGGGGUAUGAUGCUAGUGGGUUUGUGGUUGCGGGGAUUUCGCAGGCUGUUAAGGCGGUUUCGCAGGCUACGGAUCCGGAUGCUACGGCUGCUGUGCAGGUUUGGUAUAUGGGUUUGAAUAAGGGUACUGGUGUGUGGGAGAAGAGGUUGUUGUUUGAGGAUGAUGGGAGCAGGAUAAGGAGUGCUAGUGCUGCUGUUUUGAUUCCUGUUGAGAAUGAGGGUGGGAGGAAGUUGGCAAGGUUGUUUGUUACUGGGUUUAUGUCGGAGAGGAUUCUGGUUGUGCCGGUCGAGUUGUGA